AUGAAGCUAGACCCUCCACCAGCCAUAACACUGAAGCAAGACCCUCCACCAGCCAGAACACUGAAGCAAGACCCUCCACAAGCCAUAACACUGAAGCAAGACCCUCCACCGGCCAUAACACUGAAGCAAGACCCUCCACCGACCAUAACACUGAAGCAAGACCCUCCACCUGCCAUAACAAUGAAGCAAGACCCUCUACCAGCCAUAACACUGAAGCAAGACCCUCCACCAGCCAUAACACUGAAGCAAGACCCUCCACCAGCCAUAACACUGAAGCAAGACCCUCCACCAGCCAUAACACUGAAGCAAGACCCUCCACCAGCCAUAACACUGAAGCAAGACCCUCCACCUGCCAUAACAAUGAAGCUAGACCCUCCACCAGCCAUAACACUGAAGCAAGACCCUCCACCAGCCAUAACACUGAAGCAAGACCCUCCACCAGCCAUAACACUGAAGCAAGACCCUCCACCAGCCAUAACACUGAAGCAAGACCCUCCACCGGCCAUAACACUGAAGCAAGACCCUCCACCUGUCAUAACAAUGAAGCAAGACCCUCUACCAGCCAUAACACUGAAGCAAGACCCUCCACCAGCCAUAACACUGAAGCAAGACCCUCCACCUGCCAUAACAAUGAAGCAAGACCCUCCACCAGCCAUAACACUGAAGCAAGACCCUCCACCAGCCAUAACACUGAAGCAAGACCCUCCACCAGCCAUAACACUGAAGCAAGACCCUCCACCAGCCAUAACACUGAAGCAAGACCCUCCACCUGCCAUAACAAUGAAGCAAGACCCUCCACCAGCCAUAACACUGAAGCAAGACCCUCCACCAGCCAUAACACUGAAGCAAGACCCUCCACCAGCCAUAACACUGAAGCAAGACCCUCCACCAGCCAUAACACUGAAGCAAGACCCUCCACCGGCCAUAACACUGAAGCAUGACCCUCCACCUGCCUUAACAAUGAAGCAAGACCCUCUACCAGCCAUACACUGA